ACAAACAAAGCUUACUACUAAUUAUAACCCAAAUCCAAACCCCAAAACCAAAUCAAAUCAAACCAUGGGCGCUUGCUUCUCAAUCUCCUCCGCAACAACUUCAUCAACUGCCUCCGGAUCAGCUCAUUUCAACUACAGCAACAACGCCAAAGUCGUCUCCAUCAAUGGCGAUCUCCGCCAAUACCCUGCGCCGGCUCUCGUCGCCCAAGUCCUUGAUGCUGAAGCCGCUUCCUCUUCUUCCUCCGAUCUGUUCAUCUGUAACUCCGACGCUCUGUACUUCGAUCAACACAUUCCGGCCUUGGAAUUGCACGACAGUCUCCACCCCAACCACAUCUACUUCGUUCUCCACUCCUCGAAAAGAGAACACCCGCUCUCCGCCUCAGACAUGGCCGCUCUCGCUUUCAAAGCCACUCAAGCACUAGAUCUCGACAAGAAAGAAUCAUCGUCUUCGUCCUCAUACUCAGCCAAGCGCCGCCGUAAGUAUUCUCGCAUCACGCAUCACGAUGGUGAUGAUCGAGUGGUGGAGCAUGAAAUGAAGAUGAAGAAGAAUCAUCAAGAAUACGAUGCGACGGCGGCGAUCCAAUUCGAUCAGGACUAUUACUUGACCAUAGCGCCUUCGAAGAAGAAGAAAGGUAGUGGCGGCGGCGGCGGCAGUGGUGGUACGACGCCGUUGGGGAUAUCUAGAACUGGAUCUGUGAGGAGGUUGCAGAGAUUGACUUCUAAAAGAACGAAGAUGGCUGUUCGUUCUUUUAGGCUCAAACUCACAACAAUCUAUGAAGGUACAAUCCUAAUUUAGGUCGUCAUCUUCAACAUCAUCAUCAUCGAUCAUUGAUCAUUGAUCAUCAUCGAGCUUCGAUAUAUUAACAUAUUCUUUUAUUAAUUAAUUGUAAUUAUUAAGCGAUAAACAACUCUAUAUAGAUAUAUAAAUUAUAUGUAUAUAGCACACCAGAGAUCUACGGCUUAUGUAAAAAAAGAUCCAGUGUGGUAUGGUUCAUCGUGGUCAUCACAUCAUCAUCGAAAUCUCUCAAUAUAUAUAAUAUUGAGGUUUGUUAAUUAGUAUUAUUAAUUACAUAGUUUUGUCUUAAUUAUUAAUUCUCAUACUUAUAAUUUGUUUAUAAGUUUGCAAAUGUAUAUCAGAUCCUUGUUAUUAAUUUUAUACAUUCAGUUUAAUUUACCAA